AUGGGAAGCGGCGGGUCUGGCGUGCCGGGGCCCACGCUCUUCCUGCUGCUGGUGCUGCCGCCGCCGCCGCUGCUGAGCGCGGGGAGCUUCCAGCACGACGGUCCAGGCCGGAAGGACCUCCACCACCUCAGUCUGGACUGGGGGAACCUCUACCCCCACCCCAUCCAGGACGCGGGAACCUUCCACCACCUCCGCGGCCCCAGCACCUGGACCCGGAAGAGCCGGGCAAAAGACAAGAAUUCCUGCCAGAGCUCUUUUGACCUCUACUUCAUCUUGGAUAUGUCAGGCAGUGUGAACAACAACUGGAUGGACAUUUACACCUUUGUGGAGGAUUUGGUCAAGAAGUUUGACAACCCUAACCUGCGAAUGUCCUUCAUCACCUACUCCACACUGGGUCACACCCUCAUGAAGCUCACCUCAGACAGAAAUGAAAUUCGUGAUGGUCUUAGCAGACUUCAGAAUAUAGUACCUAGUGGAGCCACACACAUGCAGGAAGGAUUUAAAAAGGUGCUCUGGGUGGUGGGUACUCAGGUCAGGGUGGCCUCUCCCCAGGAGGAGGAGGUGUGGGAGCAGUGCUGUGGGCCCGGCAGCCUGAGGCAGGUCACUCCAGGUGCCUUGCUGACCAGGCCACUCCCUGCUUCUUCUGCAGAAAACAGGGUUCCCUCUAUGAUUAUCUCCUUGACCGAUGGAACCCUGGAGGAAGCGCCGUUUGAAAUGACUAAGGAAGAAGCUGACAAGGCUCGGAAAAUGGGAGCAACAGUAUACUGUGUGGGUGUAAAAGACUUUGAGGAAGACCAGUUAUUGGAAAUUGCAGACAGCCCGCGUCACGUCUUUGGAGUGGACCACGGAUUCAAGGCUCUUAAAUACAUCGUUGAGCCACUCGGAACUAAGUCCUGUAUUGAAAUUACAGCUGUGGAGCCUUCCAGUGUCUGUACAGGAGAUGAAAAUGAAUUGAUGAUUUCUGGAAAAGGAUUUAAUAAUGCAAAGAAGAAGGAUGAAGUUAUUUGUAGAUUUAAGUUCAGCGACAAGCAGUUCUUUGAUAUAAAAGCCAAAUCUGUGAAAGAUACCAGUAUAACAUGCCCAGGAGUAAAGAUAGAGAAGCCAGAUCAGGAGGUCUUUGUUGAAGUUAGCCUGAACAAUGGUGUCAGCUUCAUCAACAACAAUGUUAGCAUCACCAGCAAGAACUGUGCGAGUACCAGGGAAGGGGGACCAGAUGACGAGAAUGCCCCACCAGCUGCCCCACCAGCUGCCCCACCAGCUGCCCAGCAGUCUCCCGAGGACCCUCCCUCAUCACCACCCCCACAGUUCGUCCCCUAUGUCAACCCCCUCUACUUCUCUGCCCUCAUCCCAGCCCUGCUCCUGUUCCUCCUGAUGCUCUGGUGCAUCUGGUGGCUGUGCCGCAGGAAGACCAUCAAGGAGCCACCACCAGUGCAGAAACCAGAAAGGGAGCCAGAGGAGACAUGUCAAAUGUCAUGCCCCACAGUGAUUGUCCCUUGUGGGUGCCAAGGAGGUGGGAUGAAACGAAUGGAGUUGCCCCCGGGACUGUGGGUCAGAGAGCCCUCUCCGGGCAUCUGCCGAGAGGAACGCCCAAGGCGUGGAGACCUGGAGCUCAUGAGCCUCCAGACGGUUCUCAGUGUGGCGCCCGUGCAUUUCCCCUGCAUCCUCGUCUCAAGGAUACUCAGGGACUCUGCCACUACCCAGGGGCCUCCACCACCACCUGGAGCCACUCGCUCCUCUCCCUCAGCCCAUGUACACGUCCCCCCUGCAGCUCCCCGUGACGGGCUGCGGCUGACGGAGAGGAGCCAGGCCUCAGCACAGGGGAAGUGCCUCAACUUCGCCCUAAUGAAGCCCCACUGUGGGCAAUUGCACUGCAGCCCUAAGGUCUGCCUUCAGCCCAGCCGGGAGUGCUUCUCCGUCAACAGUUGCUGCCCACGGUGCCAAUGCCCCCCGCCCGUGUGCUCCAGGCUUCCCUCCAGGAUGCAGCCGCUCGUCUCUCCCCCUGCCCGGCCACGCUGCGGAGCCACUUUGUCACUCCAGCCCCCGUAG